AUAUAUACCUGAACCUCUCCGUAGUUUCUUCCCUCAGAAAAUUAGCACAUCCAACAGAGAGUUGUGCAGAAGAAGAAGUAAAAAUGGCAGAAGAGUCCAUAAACAAGCAUCAAACAAGAAAGUAUGCAGUAGUUACAGGGGGAAACAAAGGAAUAGGAUAUGAGAUUUGCAGGCAGCUAAUGAAGAAAGGAGUUAUGGUAGUGUUAACAGCUAGGGAUGAGAAAAGAGGAAAAGAAGCUGUUGAAAAGCUGAUGAGAGAGUCUUCUUCUCAAGAAUUAACUCAGAAUCUUGUUGUGUUUCAUCAAGUUGAUGUUGUGGAUCCAGCUAGUAUUUCCUCUCUGUUUGAUUUCAUCAAAUCCAAAUAUGGAAAGCUUGAUAUUCUGGUAAAUAAUGCAGGAAUUAAUGGACUAAUGAUUGAGGGGGAUGUUUCAAUCCUUCCGGAGCUAAUAGAACGAGAUGCUGCUCGAGGUUUAGGCAUUACAACUGAGGAGGAUGAAGCUCCAAUCAAGUCAAAUGGGAAACUCACUGAGACUUAUGAAUGGGCAGAAGAAUGUGUAACCACUAAUUAUUAUGGAGCAAAAAGAAUGAUUGAAGCCUUUAUUCCACUACUACUCUUGUCUCCUUUACCAAGGGUUGUUAAUAUUUCUUCACUGCUUGGAAAAUUAAAGCUGGUAUCAAAUGAAUGGGCCAUAAAAGCUUUAAAUGAUGUAGAAGGCCUUACAACAGAAAAAGUGGAUGAAGUAUUGAAUGAGUUUCUUAUGGAUUUCAAGAAGGGUUUAUUAGAAGAAAAAGGUUGGCCCAUAGAUAUGGCAGCUUAUAAAGUCUCAAAAGCGGCCUUGAAUACUUACACAAGAAUUGUACCCCAAAAGUAUUCUUCUAUAUGUGUCAACUGUAUUUGUCCGGGCUAUACGAAAACAGAUAUUACUUGUAAUACUGGGUCUUUGACUCCAGAAGAAGCUGCUGAAAGCCCAGUAAUUCUCGCCCUUUUGCCUGAAGGUGGGCCUUCGGGCCAGUUCUUUUUCCGAAAGAAUGUCCUGACAACAUUCUGAAAGAGAUUUUUUUGUUACUAUACAAAACUUAUUUACCAAAAUUGUUCUACAUUUUUAUAUUACCCGACCUAACUGUGUUUUCUUUACAAUUAUUUAUUAGUAUUUUAAAUUA